AUGGAGCGGGUGAACGACGCGUCCUGCGGCCCGUCGGGCUGCUACACCUACCAGGUGAGCAGGCACAGCACCGAGAUGUUGCACAACCUGAACCAGCAGCGCAAAAACGGCGGGCGCUUCUGCGACGUGCUCCUGCGGGUGGGAGACGAGAGCUUCCCGGCGCACCGCGCCGUGCUGGCCGCCUGCAGCGAGUACUUCGAGUCGGUGUUCAGCGCCCAGUUGGGCGAUGGCGGCACUGCGGACGGGGGUCCCGCCGACGUGGGGGGCGCGGCGGCGGCCGCGGGCGGCGGCGCCGGGGGCAGCCGGGAGCUGGAGAUGCACACCAUCAGCUCCAAGGUGUUCGGGGACAUUCUGGACUUCGCCUACACUUCUCGCAUCGUGGUUCGCCUGGAGAGCUUCCCCGAGCUCAUGACGGCUGCCAAGUUCCUGCUGAUGAGGUCGGUCAUCGAGAUCUGCCAGGAAGUCAUCAAACAGUCCAAUGUGCAGAUCCUGGUGCCCCCUGCCCGCGCUGACAUCAUGCUCUUUCGUCCCCCCGGGACCUCAGACUUGGGCUUCCCUUUGGACAUGACCAACGGGGCAGCCCUGGCGGCCAACAGCAAUGGCAUUGCAGGCAGCAUGCAGCCCGAGGAGGAGGCGGCUCGGGCAGCUGGUGCGGCCAUUGCCGGCCAGGCCUCCUUGCCUGUGUUACCUGGGGUGGACCGCUUGCCCAUGGUGGCCGGACCCCUGUCCCCCCAACUGCUGACUUCCCCAUUCCCCAACGUGGCAUCCAGUGCCCCUGCCCUGACUGGCAAACGAGGCCGGGGCCGCCCAAGGAAGGCCAACCUGCUGGACUCCAUGUUCGGGUCUCCGGGGGGCCUGCGGGAGGCAGGCAUCCUUCCGUGUGGCCUGUGCGGGAAGGUGUUCACCGAUGCCAACCGGCUCCGGCAGCACGAGGCCCAGCAUGGUGUCACCAGCCUCCAGCUGGGCUACAUCGACCUCCCUCCUCCCAGGCUGGGUGAGAACGGGCUGCCCAUCUCCGAGGACCCCGAUGGACCCAGAAAGAGGAGCCGGACCAGGAAGCAGGUGGCGUGUGAGAUCUGCGGCAAGAUCUUCCGCGACGUGUACCAUCUCAACCGGCACAAGCUUUCCCACUCGGGGGAGAAGCCCUACUCCUGCCCCGUGUGCGGGCUGAGGUUCAAGAGAAAAGACCGUAUGUCCUACCACGUGCGGUCCCACGACGGGUCCGUGGGCAAGCCCUACAUCUGCCAGAGCUGUGGGAAAGGCUUCUCCAGGCCCGAUCACUUGAAUGGACACAUCAAGCAGGUGCACACCUCCGAGCGGCCUCACAAGUGCCAGACCUGCAACGCUUCCUUUGCCACCCGAGACCGGCUGCGCUCCCACCUGGCCUGUCAUGAGGACAAAGUGCCCUGCCAGGUGUGCGGCAAGUACUUGCGGGCAGCGUACAUGGCGGACCACCUGAAGAAGCACAGCGAGGGGCCCAGCAACUUCUGCAGCAUCUGUAACCGAGAAGGCCAGAAAUGCUCACAUCAGGAUCCGAUUGAGAGCUCCGACUCCUACGGUGACCUCUCGGAUGCCAGCGACCUGAAGACUCCGGAGAAGCAGAACACCAACGGCUCUUUCUCCUGCGACAUGGCGGUCCCCAAAAACAAGAUGGAGUCCGACGGGGAGAAGAAGUAUCCCUGCCCCGAGUGCGGGAGCUUCUUCCGUUCCAAGUCCUACUUGAACAAACACAUCCAGAAGGUGCAUGUCCGGGCUCUCGGGGGCCCCCUGGGGGACCUGGGCCCCGCCCUCGGCUCACCUUUCUCUCCCCAGCAGAACAUGUCUCUCCUCGAGUCCUUCGGGUUUCAGAUUGUGCAGUCGGCGUUCGCAUCGUCUCUAGUAGAUCCCGAGGUUGACCAGCAGCCCAUGGGGCCAGAGGGGAAGUGA